GCAGAGUAUAAAAGGGGGGAGCAGCGGAGGAAGAGAGUUGUUUUUGUUCAAGGAGUUGCAGCAACGCAGAGCUGAGCUGAGAGAAAGAAACUUUUUACACAAGGGAUUGGGGCAGAGAGGAGGCACCACAGGGAUGUGGGCGUGCCUCAGCCUGCUCAUCACUCUCUGCCUGCUCCAUGGGGGCGGUGCAGAGAGUGACGGGGGCGGUCCUCGCUGUCAGCUGCCACCAGCCUGGAAGAUAGGGGAGGUGGAGCCGAUGAAGGGGGCCAUGGGUCAAGUGACGGUGGUGGCUCUUCUGCAGGCCAGCUGAUUGUUCUGCUUGGUGCAGGCCUCCAGAAUGGACGGCCUGCGCCAGAAGCUUGAGAAUCAGGGCCUGAAGGACGUGGUCUACAUGGUUGUUAACCAGCAGGGGGAGCAAGCACAGCGCCUGCACCCCAUGCUGGCCCUGAAACUGUCAGAGAACAUCACACUCUACAAGCAGGACGAGCAACAGCCUGACAUCUGGCAGGCACUGGGCGGAGAGAAAGAUGACUUCCUCGUCUAUGACAGGUGUGGUCGUCUCACCUACCACAUUUCUCUUCCGUACUCCAUCAUCGGACAAGGUCAUAUUGAGGGUGCGAUCAAAGAUACCUACUGCAAACGCGUCUGUGGGGACUGCACACAUGAGAGCACUGAGACCCCAGAGGAGUGCACGAGAACACCAGAUGCACAGCCUGAUGCAGACACCGCCCCACCUGUGGAGGAUGGUUAUGGUCACCAUCAUGGUCACCACCACGGCCAUGGCCACCACCACGGCCAUGGUCACCACCACGGCCAUGGCCAUCAUGGUGUUGAUCAUGGCGUUCAUCCCCGUGGGCAUGAUCACAACCAUGGCCAGCAGGGUGUUAGUCAGCAGGGACAGGAGCAAGUUGGAGGAGAUCAUUUAGAUUUAGGCCAGAUGCAGCAAGUAGUGCACAUGCACCAGAUGCCACAGGAUGCCCAAGGGGCCCCUGUGAGGCCUUGAGUAACAGAGAAGGCUAGCUGAAAGUCAAAGUACAGCUGACAGUGGGCAGCAGGCUCUGAAAACGAAGUCGCUCCCAAGGCCAGCUGAUGCUGACACUGACGCAGGCUGUUUGGUGACGCAGGGAGCGAACAGCCGGUCGGUUUGUGACACUGUAAUGAGGCACUUCCCGCCUCCUGACAGUGACACGGGCUGAUGGGCGAUGCAACCAAUAAUGUCAGGGAGAACUGACAGUGACGCUCGCCUCCUGCUGAAUGACAGCAGCCUCAGCAAACUCCAUGAGCCUGACCCGCAGGCAUGAGCUGAGGAUGAGAGCAGCUGUAAGCUGCCUCUGAUAUCAGCUUCAUACUAAUACCAGCCAGAAACACCAGGGUCAAGUGCUCUUUUUACCAACUAGUAUUACCCUGGGAGAGGGCAGAGCAACUCCUGACAGCGUGCAUGUAGGAUAGAUGAACAUGAGUCCAACAUCACACUGAUGAAGACACAAUAAACACAUCAAGCAAAGCAUGCACUGGCAGCUUGUUAACUCAUUACAUUUGGCAAAAGAUAUGCAAAUAAUUUGUGCCUUGAAGAACAUACACCAUGUUUCACCUGUCUCUGCGUGUCUGUCAGUGGGUUGCUCUCACCCUUGCUCAGGAGUGUAUGUGGUUGUCAUGUUCAUAAAUGACCUCCUCCAUUUUGCUAUCUCCAUCCUUAAUGAAUCCAGGCGCAGAAACUACGCUCUAGUGGCGUCUGUAUGAAAUCCGGCAGGAGACAGAGGAGAGGGUAGUUCAGGAGCAUGAUAAACACUUUAAACAAGUUCAAGAUGUAAGGAUAUUUGAGGGAACAGAAAAAGAUAUGAUCUUCAAAUACGGGAAAAAUUACAUUCGAUUAUUAUCAGAAAUCCUUGAAGACGGUUUUACUGGGAAAACCUGAAAGCAUUGACUUGUUACUGAGAAAAAAAUAAGUCUAAAAAACAUUUCAAAGCAGACUUUAAAAAGUUUAUACCAGUGAUGUUUUUGUCUGUAACACAAGCUAUUGAUUGAUUGUUCUUGGGCACAUAUAACAGCAGUAACUACCAUGAAUGUCUUUUUUUAUGUUUGUCCUUAAAAGUGCUGUAUGUAACUCUGGAGAAAGACAGAUGAUUUUUUGAGUCUCAUUCCCAGGCCGUCAAAUACCGACGCUCUGAGUUGGUGGUUCAGUCAGACUACCUACCCAAAGCGUCAGUAUUUGACGACCUGGGAAUGAGACUCAACGAUCCUCUAUGUUUCUCCAGAAUUCACACAGCACUUUGAAAGUCUGCAAGCUAAAACACCUAUCAGGAGUAGCAUUUUAAAUGCUAAGUACACGGUAUUUCCUGUGUAUGUUUUCUUAACAUUUUCUAGAUUUGCUAUGCAGGUUGCAAAAUAGCACAAAUUUAUACACGGCUUGCUUAAAGAAAAAAAAAAAAUACAUGACUCUACAGUUUGGAAAAGGGAAGAGAGAAAACGAUUGUGAAGCAGUAACGACUAUUGGAAUACACUCUGUAAUUAAUGAUGGUUUCUGCGGGAAGAUAACAGUCACCCUGAAAACCUGAUGCUUUUACAGAGAGUUGUAUUGUGUUAAGGCUGUCAAACAUAGAAACUGAGAGUUGAAUAAAGAUGGUGGAGUCCCUUU